AUGGCUGCGAUAUCUCUCCCCGCGGAUUUCCAUUAUCAGGCGGUCCAGUUCCUCGGAGCAGACCCGGACCCCACGGAAUCAAUGCGCCUCGGUGUGCUGGCGAACUUCAAUGGAAGCUUUACCGGAUCAGGCUUCAACACAAUUUUUCGCCCAAAUAACGGACCGCCAAACACGACAACAUUUCCCAAAGACAACAUCUUGGAGCUGAAUCUCAUUACUGACUCAAUCACGUUCUCCGAAGAUUUUGGCGCCGUGCCUAACCGCGGGCUUGCGUCACAGGAUGACAUAUUUCUCAAUGGCGUAUCCUAUGUACAGGCUGUCAACGAUGUGACAAACGAAAAAACUGGGAAGGCUGACCAUUCUCCAACUGGCAUUCACUUCGAGGCUGGAUUGUGGAUGAACGUCCCGGCCACGAACAACACUCCAGUCCUUGGCGACACGCUCGCGCGUAUGGCAUCUAUUCCGCAUGGCACAACUAUCAAUGCCCAAUGCCUGGAGCCUACCUCGAACUUCUUAGGCCCACCCGACAUCUUACCAGUCAGCCUAUUGCCAUUCCCGGCAGGAAGUGCAGGUGGUCCCCCAGUGCCGCUUGACAGCCUCAAUGCCUCACAAAUCUCCCCUCUUCGACUCCCACACGAUUUGUCGAAAUUCAUUGCUGCUGGCACUAUCACCCAAGAUAUACUGGAUGACCCAAACACUGUGCUACGAAACGCCAUCGAAGGACAGACCAUCCUCCAGACCACCGCCUUUACGGUGGCCACGUCGCCUAUCCCUCCGGUGUUCGGUGGUGGAACAGCCAACAUUGCAUUUUUGGAAGGCGACCCAGCCAUUACGAAUCCAAAUGCUUUUUCACUCCAAAUGAAUGCUACCUUCUGGAUCGAGACAGUGCAAUACAAGCUCAAGGUUCCGACCUUCAAGCGCGGACAAGCCCCUAUGAAAAUCUCCCCGUCCUCACCAGCACAUCAGCGCGCACCGGUGUUCCUCAUCAACCCAACGCAUGACAUCACUGCACCCAAGACAAUCACUGUCACUUCCAUCCAGAUUCAGUAUUCUCAGGUGGUUUUUUUGGUAUUUGACGGGUUGGUCUGGCCUCAUGUAUCAGUAUCUACGCUGAUUCCGUCGGAGGCUGUAACAGUACCAGACUCUGUCUGGAAUUGA